AUGCGGCACGAGUACACGUAUGAGUGGACCGUCAGGUCACUUUGGAGCCGUACUGUGCGUGGAUGCCUCCGACCCUCACUGGAUGAUUCCAUCUCAGUGAUGAAAGGCUUAUCCAGCAGCCGCAGCCACCACCACGUGGUGACCUGUGACCCCUCUUUUGACUCCAUGGGUCACCACUUGGACCACAAGCCCUACCUCAUCAGCCAGAUCGACAACCCCCACCCGGUCGACCACUCUUACUACUCCCAGAGAAGCCCCUACCAGCCCGACUGCGUGGUUCCAGCCAACAAGGGCCAACAGCGUCUUCCCGUCGUCCUGUUGGAUCAGUUCGACCGGCAACUCCCAGUGCCUCGGGAUGGCUAUCACACGCUGCAGUACAAGCGUGCCGCCGCAGCCUUGGAGCAACGGAGCGACAGCCCUGGCCGAAUCCGGCACCUGGUACACUCCGUUCAGAAGCUCUUCACCAAGUCCCACUCACUAGAGGGCCCACACCAUGGUCACGGCAAGGGCAGCAUCAACGGAGGCAAGGCCAGCCCCGAAGGAGAACCCCCUGCUAUUCGGCACCGAAAGCGCAGCAAGAGCCGGGAGCGCUGCAAGUCGGCUGAACCCAAGAACAGGACGCCACCUUCUGGUUACUGGAGCUCGGAUGAAUUGGAACGCGAAGCCUGCCUGUUUCACCAUGGACCACCGGGCGUCAUGACCAUGGGCCGCCACCCGGAUAAAUCGCAGUCGCAGUACUUCUUGGAAGCCUACAACACCAUCAAUGACCAGGCACUUAAAAACUCCCGCAGCAGCAAUGAUUUGGGCAAGUGCUCGACGUGCACAAGCAUCCCACUGAGCGUGGACGCUUCACAGCUCGUGAAGAAGAGCUCGUGGUCGUCCUCUCUCACGGUGAGCAGAGCACGUCAAGUCUACCAGAAGGCCUCGGUAAAUGUAGAUAAGGCUCUAGUGAAAGCAGAGGCUUGUCAGCAGGAGCGCUCAUGCCAAUUCUUGCAGGUUCCUCAAGACGAGUGGGGAGGCUUUCCACUGGGGAAAGAUGAGGAUAUCCCGUGCAGACGCAUGCGCAGCGGGAGUUACGUGAAAGCCAUGGCGGAGGAUGACAGCGGAGAUUCGGACGGCAGCCCUAAACCCUCGCCCAAGAUGCAGGCGCGACGGGCCAGCUACCUCAAAGCCACCCAGCCAUCACUCACAGAGAUGACCACUCUAAACCAUGCAGAUGGAGGGUGGGAGAUCUACGCCAAUGCUGGAGCUUCCACUAAUUCCCACACUGCUGAUGCGGAUGCAAGGUGUCUGCCUGUGAGUGAGGUUGAGGUUAACGGGCAGAUAGAGGCAGUGUGUGAGAGUGUGUUCAGUGAAAUGGAGUCACAGGCAGUGGACGCCCUGGACCUGCCCAUGCCCGGGUGCUUCCGCAUGAGGAGUCACAGUUAUGUGCGUGCCAUCGACCAGGGCUGCUCACAGGACGACGACAGGCCUUUGCUCCCGGCCUCCCCCCCGAGGACCACCACUACUGUCAGAACCAUCCAGAGCAGCACAGUAUCAUCAUGUAUCACCACCUACAAGAAGACUCCUCCGCCGGUACCUCCUCGCACCUCCACCAAGCCCUUCAUCUCCAUCACGGCCCAGAGCAGCACUGAGUCUGCGCAGGACGCUUACAUGGACGGUCCCGGGACGCGGGGCGAGCCCGUCCUCCACUCUGGCCUGAGCAAUUCCACCGAGAGCAUUGACAGCAUGAAAGCGCUGACGGCAGCCAUCGAGGCGGCCAACGCUCAGAUCCACGGCCCUGUCAGUCAACACGUCUGCAACAGCACCGUCACUAUCAGCACUACCCCUCCCUCUCCGCUGCCCAUGCCCAUGCCUGUGCCCGUCCCCAUACCCAUACCGACCCUGGAAGACGUCCGCAGGGAUGUGCUCAGGAAGAGCAGGUGCCUUUCUAUUGGCAUCCAGGUGGAUGGGCCUGAGGACCAGGAACUGGAGGACCAGUCCAAGUUUCAGUCAGUGGGGAUUCAGGUUGAAGAGCACGGUCACCGGCGGUUCAAGCGCUCAAACAGCGUGACGGCAGCGGUACAGGCUGAUCUGGACACUCCGGACUACACGCCAGCUGACUCUCCUGUCACAGAUUUCCCCUCCUCAGGCUGCUUGUCACGGCAGUACUCGCGUGAUGCAGCCACCUCCACCGUCAGCAUCCAGGGCUCAGGGAAUCACUACCACGCCUGCACCUCAGAUGAGUAUGAGGACGUUGGCUUUGAUCCCUCCAUCCUGCCUCCACCUGACCCUUGGAUCGAUAGCGUAACGGAAGAUCCCUUGGAAGUCGUGGGCCGCUCAGUGUGUCAGCGUGACGGCCGCUGGUUCCUGAAGCUGCUGCAGGCAGAGACUGAACGUAUGGAGGGCUGGUGCAGGCAGAUGGCGCACGAUGAGAAGGAGAACAAGCUACCUGAUGAAAUCCUGGGGAAGAUCCGCAGUGCAGUGGGAAGCGCACAGCUGCUUAUGUCCCAGAAGUUUCAGCAGUUCAGGGAAUUGUGUGAGGAAAAUCUGGACCCAAACGCUCACCCACGGCCAGUGGCUCAAGAUCUCGCAGGGUUCUGGGACAUGCUUCAACUUUCCAUUGAGAAUAUCAGCUUAAAGUUCGAUGAGCUUCACCAGCUCAAAGCCAACAACUGGAGACCCCUCGACCCCCCCGAGAGAAAGGAGAGAAGGCUGCCUCCCCCAGUGCCAAAGAAACCCCCGAAAGGCCACCCUCCCCUGGCCAGAGAUCGCUCGCUGGAAAGCACAGAGAAGCAGCGUCAGGAGGCACGCAAGCGUUUGAUGGCGGCCAAACGAGCCGCUUCGGUACGGCAGAACUCGGCCACAGAGAGCGCAGACAGCAUCGAGAUCUAUAUACCUGAGGCCCAGACCAGAUUAUGAAACUGCCAAAUGCCAAAACACACUCACACACGAACGCCCAAGUGCAGAAAUCCACCGCGAGCACAACACGUCACACAGAUCUAUAUUUGCCUGAUGCUAAGAUCACUGUAUAUUAGGAGCGACAUACACCAGCACCAUGAUAGCACAGUAGUAGUAAUUUGACCUUUCAUUACUAAAACAAAUGACAUCCAAGAUAGAUCUAAAUCAUAUUUCUAUGACCCUUAAGACUUCAGGACAAAUGACUUGUUUAAUUUUACACAAAUGAAAACGAGGCUGUUUUUUUGGGAAAACUAUUUCAGGGUUUCUGAAAAUCAGUACGUCCUGAACGUCCAGUGUUGGAAAUUAUCGAGGGACAUUAGUUUUGUACUUUUUUCAGUAUGAAUAUUCAGAUUUUUUUUUUUUUGAGAA